GGGUGUGGUGGUGCUUGAGGUGUCUGAGGUACUGCUGCUUAAGACCAGACCAGAGCCUGGGACUGACUCCAGAGCUUCUCUGAGCUCCGCUUCUCACUGAUCCCUGCUUCUGGAUCUAUCUGCCUGUUGUGUGUCUCAAUGAGAAAUUAUCACUAUCUUUUUUGAAUUUGGAACUGUUUGUACUCAUUGGAACAAAAUAAUGGAUCUCACCACUUUUUACUUCCUGACCACUACUUUGGUUUUGAUACUGGAGCAUGAAGCAUACUCAGACUCAACUGGCCCUGAGCCUGGUCCAGAGGAGGGCCCUGUGAUGCAGCUCAUCUACAGGCCCCUACGGCGGGAGAAGCGUUGUUCCUGUGAGAACCUGAAUGAUAAAGAAUGUGUGUACUUCUGCCACAUUGGCAUCGUCUGGGUCAACACUCCUAGUCAGGUAGUGCCAUAUGGAGUGGGCUCCUUCCCUGUUCGACUGAGGAGAGAGGUGGGACGGUGCUUCUGCCUGAAGACAAAUGACUUUGAGUGUCUUCACUUUUGCUCUGCCUUGCGUACACUCAAAGAAGGUGAAAAUGAUUUGGUCAAGAGGACAUUUGCAACAAAGUUGAAGAAGAGAUAUAAGGCUGAAAUCUCAAAUAAAAGGAUCCAACAAACACUAACGCAAGAAACCUGAAAGAAGAGAAUGGACACUAGUUUCAUGUCAUCUACUUUGAUAGGUCUCUUUUACAAAGAACAUUGUACAGUGGUGGGCCACUUCUGAAACGUAUUUAUGAAAUGUUGUAACUUUGCAGUCUUUUUGUGAUUGUGAAUCAUUCUCAAAUGUUUUAAUGCUGUACAUAAAUAUUUUUUACUUUACAACAUACAGUCCAUACAUAAUUCUAUAUAGUUACAGUAAUGCAUAAAUUAGCAGUAUUAAGAUGUUAAAUGUAAAUGUCUUGUAUCUCUGUCAAUGUUGUUUCUACAAUGUUUUGGCCAAUGUUUACAUCCUUUUGCUGUCAUGAAGUUUGAAUGUGAAAGACCUACAUACAUGCUAGAAAUGGAAAGCAUGGCAGUUCAUGGCUCUUAAACGUUAGUUACAGUAUGUACCAAACUAGACAGGGAAUAAUCUGUGUGAUCUAGGACAGGUGGGUCAUUUAACGCAUCAUAUAUCCAAAGGCAUAAAAGUAGAGUUUACAUGUUAUAGGAGUGGUAUUCAAAGUCGGGGUUGCCAAAAUAGUCCCCGCUGAAAAAGUUUGAAUACCAGUGUUACAAUUAAAAUUGCAUUGCUACCAAGACAUGGAUUUCAGACUAGGGCUGGUAUUCAAGCAAACCUGCAAGGCUACCAGACCGCUGAAGAAAAACCCAUUCCAUACAGUAUUACUAUCUCUACAGGUACAAAGCUAGUCUGUAUUGACAUAGUAUCUGAUAACUAGCUAUGCAGGUUUGUUUGAGCACCAGUAUUGUUUAAAAGAUGAUCAAAUAACUAUUUAUUGUGUUUGUGAGAGGAUUUUAUAGCUAAUACAUUCAAAUCUCAACAACAUCCUCGUCACAGUGUGGUUUUAUUACAAUUGUCCCUUGUUUGUUACAGUGAUCUUCCAUCAAGCCCUUGAGUUUAGAUCUGCCUGUGAAAUGUUCCGUAUAGGCACAGACUAAGUGUGUGUGGUAUGUACAUUACAGUAAGUAUGAAGGAACACUCAUUGGCUGAACGCCCUAGCCUGUCCCGCAUUUAUGGAUCAAAAGGAUAGUGGCUGUCAGCCAAUCAUCAUAUCUCUUCUCUCCUCUGGUCACCUUGCGGUCAGGUCAAGCGUUGCUCUGGGGAUCAGUGUCCUCUCUGUGCUCCCUGCGGAGCGUUGUUCUGCCAGCAUGAAGAAGCCCACAGGACCGCUGGAUUGAACAUGAUUACAGCCUCAACCCUAUCUAAUCUUCUCCCACAAAGCUGUUCUCACCACUCAGAGGAAAAUAACUCAGUUCUCGCUGCAUGACUUGUGGCUUUCUGUUGCUGUAAUGUCCUUGACUAUGCUGCUCUAUUAUUGUUAACAGGAUUGUUUGCAAGGUUUUCCUUUAGAUUACUGUGGCACGUCCAACCGUCCCAUGGGGAAAAUGUAAACGGACCAAUUCUACACACACAACACAAUAUCAUUUCAAGUUGAUAUAGUAAAGCUGAAGCCUUUCAAUUUUAUCUGAACGCACCAUGAUAAUUCAUUUUCUUUUUAACAAUUUUGUGAAAAAAAUAGAUAUUGCAUGUAGAAAAAUCCCACUUACCUCCAGAUAGAUUUACAACCAACUGAUGGCUAACAAAUACAGAGGUGGAAGCAAAUGUCUCCUGAAGACAGUUCGCACAGGGGCAAAUGCUUAUUUUAUUUACUUUUUAUACUUUAAAAAAUACUUUUUUAGGGGGUAUAUCAGCUUUAAUAGUGCAGACAGAUUGUAGAUUCCAUCAAAGUAAUUGUCUGCAUCAUUGAGUAUAUAUAUAUACAGUACCAGUCAAAAGUUUAACUACUCAUUCAAGAGUUUCUUAAUUGUUACUAUUUUCUACAUUGUAGAAUAAUAGUGAAGACAUCAAAACUAUGAAAUAACACAUAUGGAAUCAUGUAUUAACCCAAAUAAAUAUAUUUUAUAUUUGAGAUUAUACAAAGUAGAUACCCUUGGCCUUGAUGACAGCAACUCUUGGCAAUCUCUCAACCAGAUUCAUGAGGUAGUCACCUGGAAUGCAUUUCAAUUAACAUGUGUGCCUUCUUAAAAGUUAAUUUGUGGAAUUUCUUUCCUUUCAGCCAAUCAGUUGUGUUGUGACAAGGUAGAGGGGGUAUACAGAAGACAGCCCUAUUUGGUAAAAGACCAAGUCCAUAUUAUGGCAAGAACAGCUCAAAUAAGCAAAGAGAAAUGACAGUCCAUCAUUACUUUAAGACAUGAAGAUCAGUCAACGUGGAACAUUUCAAGAACUUUUUAAGGUUCUUCAAGUGCAGUCGCAAAAACCAUCAAGCGCUAUGAUGAAACUGGCUCUCAUGAGGACCGCCACAGGAAUGGAAGACCCAGAGUUACCUCUGCUGCAGAGGAUAAGUUCAUUAGAGUUACCAGCCUCAGAAAUUGCAGUCCAAAUAAAUGCUUCACAGAGUUCAAGUAACAGACACAUCUCAACAUCAACUGUUCAGAGGAGACUGCGUGAAUUAGGCCUUCAUGGUCGAAUUGCUGCAAAGAAACCACUACUAAAGGACACCAAUAAGAAGAAGAGACUUGCUUGGACCAAGUAGACACGAACUGCACUACCUGAGCCACUUGUGUGGGUUGUAGACUCCGUCUCAUGCGACCACUAGAGUGAGAGCACCGCCAGCAUUCAAAAGUGACCAAAACAUCAGCCAGGAAGCAUAGGAACUGAGAAGUGGUCUGUGGUCACCACCUGCAGAAUCACUCCUUUUUUGGGGGUGUCUUGCUAAUUGCCUAUAAUUUACACCUUUUGUCUAUUCCAUUUGCACAACAGCAUGUGAAAUUUAUUGUCAAUCAGUGUUGCUUCCUAAGUGGACAGUUUGAUUUCACAGAAGUGUGAUUGACUUGGAGUUAUAUUGUGUUGUUUAAGUGUUCCCUUUAUUUUUUUGAGCAGUGUAUAUACUGUUUCUCCUGCACAUUAGUAAGAAUGUCUCAAACCAUGUUCAAGAAUGGCUUUUUUCCAUUUAUUCAGAUUACAACCUCUCACUUUCAGUUAUUUGAUAAGGAAAUCAUCUCCAUAAUAUUGCUGUUUUAAGCAAGCUUUAGAAAGUUGGUUGCAAUUUCAGUUUCAUCCACCAGAAAAGACUAACCAAAAUAUUUGUUGUAUUAUUUGUUCUAACUCAAACAUACUAAUUGAUAAAAAAAACAGGAUUUUUGGAAAAUUUUAUGUUUUUAUGGGUCAUAAAUGGGUCUUCCAAAUGGACAAUGACUCCAAGCAUACUUCCAAAAUUGUGGAAAAUGGCUUAAGGACAACAAAGUCAAGGUGUUGAAGUGGCCAUCACAAAGCCCUGACCUCAAUCCUAUAGAAAAUGUGUGGGCAGAACUGAAAAGCAUGUGUGAGCAAGGAGGCCUACAAACCUGACUCAAUUACACCAGCUCUGUCAGGAGGAAUGGGCCAAAAUUCACCAAACUUUUUGUGGGAAGCUUGUGGGAGGCUACCCAAAACUUUUGACCCAAGUUAAACAAUUUAAAGGCAAUGCUACCAAAUACUAAUUGAGUGUAUGUAAACUUCUGACCCACUGGGAAUGUGAUGAAAGAAAUAAAAGCUGAAAUAAAUCA